AUGUGCUUUUGCGAUGCAUCAACUAAAGCAUAUGCGUGUGCGGUCUAUUUACACCAGAGCAACAAAGAAAGAAGUACUGUCAACUUGCUGUUUUCAAAAACUCGAUUAGUGCCACUCAAGAAAUUAACACUGCCUAGACUGGAACUAUUGGCUGUUGUCAUUGGAGUCCGAUGCAUAAACUUUGUUGAAAAACAACUGAAGUUACCUGUCACAGAAAAGAUCCUUUGGACCGAUUCCCAAUGUGUAUUACAUUGGAUAAGAAUGAAGAAACCUCUGAAAACUUUUGUGGAAAACAGAGUAAAAGAAAUCAGAAACAACAAAGAUAUCACUUUUCAAUAUGUGUCUACAAAAGAUAAUCCAGCUGAUAUUGCAAGCAGAGGAACAACAGUUAAAAGUCUUCAGGAAUUUGAACAAUGGUGGAAUGGUCCAGAAUGGUUACUUAAAGGGAAAGACAAUUGGCCUUCAUGGAACAGUCAACAAACCUGUAAAGAAAUGCAGAGUGUCAUAGAAUCAGAAUGCAAGUCUCCAAAGAUUGUCUAUGAAGCGAAACUGGUGGCUGGGGAGAGUCCUAACGGAAGAAAAAACAACUCAGAUUCUGACUCAACUGGAUAUCCAGACAUCAUUGACUACCAAAAGUUUUCAUCAUUUAUAAACCUUAUUCCAGUUUUAGCAUGGACUCUUAGGUUUAUCAAAAGAGUGAGGAAAAUUCCAAUGCCUUGGACUCAUCUAACUUAUUCAGAACUACAGAAUGCUAAAAUUCUUGUGAUAAGGAAUAUCCCAGUUCAACACUAUGGUGAUAUCAAAUCAGCACUCAAAGAAAAGAAAAGAAAUAAUCUAAUUAGUCAAUUAGGACUUGUAUUGGAUGAGGAAGGAAUCAUCAGAUGUGUUGGAAGACUCAAGAAUGUUCAGCUAUCAGAAGGAGCAAGAACUCCCAUCCUCCUUCCAAGAAAGAACCAUGUGACGGGGCUAAUUAUUGAUUACAUCCAUAAAAAAUCAUUUCAUGUCGGAGUCUCCCAAACACUGUCAUUAGUCCGUCAAGACUAUUGGAUUCCACAGGGAAGAGCAGAAGUAAAACGAAUACUUCAUAAAUGCACAAUCUGUAAGCGGUUUGAUGGUGGUCCUUACAAGAUGCCACUGAUGCCUCCACUACCAAAGAAACGUGUGAGUGAAUCAGCACCAUUUACAUACACGGGAGUGGAUUACUUUGGACCAAUCUUCAUCAAAACAGACACUGGCAGUAAAAAGGUAUGGGUCUGUCUAUUUACCUGCUUGGUAGUAAGGGCCAUACAUCUUGAACUCAUGCAGGACAUGUCCACAGAACAGUUUCUACUAGGACUAAGGAGAUUUAUUGCGCGUUGGGGCAAGCCAAAACAAAUUAUCUCUGAUAAUAGUGCUCAAUUCAAACUUGCAAGCCUGGUUUUGGAUAAAAGUUGGGAAAGAGUUACUUCUGAUAGUGAUGUCCAAAGUUAUAUUGCAUAUGAAGAGAUUCAGUGGCAAUUUAUUGUAGAACUGGCACCAUGGAUGGGAGGAUUUUAUGAACGUCUGGUUGGUGUUGUCAAACGAUGCUUAAGAAAAACAAUAGGAAAACUCUGUUUAACAAAUGAGCAAAUGAGAACGAUGCUUGCAGAAGCUGAGGCAGUCGUGAAUUCUAGGCCCUUAGUCUAUAUUGGAGACGAUAUUAAUUCAAACAUCACCCUAACUCCAGCGCAUUUCCUCACUUUGAAUCCAAAAAUAGGACUUCAAGAUAGUGAACAUUUUGAUCUCAUGGACCCAGACUAUGUACCUGUGCACCUUUCUAGAAAUUGA